AUGGAAAAAAUCAGCUUACAAAUUUCGUAUUCUUUUUUGAUAUCUACACUAAUUCUUUUAGCAUGUUCUCGCCUGAGUUGUUGUUGCAAUUAUAAAACAUACAAUGAUUCAUUGAUUCCAAUUGAACACUCUAUUUCUAUGUAGACAAUCGAUUCUCCAAUUAAUGGAAAAUUCAUUUACUUUGGAUUUUGGAGCUUGUGCAUUCCCCAAUAGACCUUUAAGAAUUACCCUUAAGUUGUCUCGGAUUACAUAUCAACUCUGCCUGAAAAUGGGCAAUUAUUAUUUUUAAUAUAGGGGAAACAAAGAAAUUUAGUCUUGGGAUAUAUUUACAUGGAUCUGAUAAGCAGACAGGUGAUAUACAAUAUUGUCAUAUUCGGGGAUUCUAAAUAGAUUUUAGAAUUUAGAUUUAAUCCAGUUGAAUUUGAAGAAGAGUGGAUUCUAAGUUUAUUCACAAUUAAUUUCGAAUCGUCAACAUUCACUGUAGAAAUGACUGGCUAAAUAAAACAAAGUAUAAGUCUACAGAGUGAUAUAAAAUAUGAAAAAAUAAUACUAGGAGGACUAGGUUAUGUAAUUAACAAUAUUAAUUAAUUAGAUUGGUUAAGGAUUCAAUCUCAAUAUUUUCAAAGGAAGAUUAUCUUAGAUAUACUUGAGUUAUUCGAGGGAAGAUGUUCAAAAUUCAUUUUAAUAUAUGAGUCAGAACUGUCGAAUCCCUCUUCCUUAACAAGGAUAGGAACCUGUCUAUUUUGUUAAAGGAUUACAAAUUUUUGAAGGAAGUUCAUCGUUGUUUUAUACAGUGAAUUAAUUCGGAAAUCGAUAUUGCUUAUCUGGAUGGGUAAAAUAUGAUGCAUCUAGAAUCGUAACACUUGCCUAAUAUAAUUUGAUAAGAAUCAGUCUGUUUAAAAACUAUAAUUUUUACUAGAAAUUUGGAGAUGAAAUCUUAUAAAUAUUAUCAUUAAUUAAUAAGGGAAAUCCUAAAAUGACUUCCAUAUCAAUAAUUACAAAUAAUAGAUAUAUGCCUAUAAUGGGUUAAAAUGACUAUAAUAUUAUAAGACCGAUGGUUGAGUUAUUUUUUGAAUAUUCUGAUAGAUAUCACAUGGGAUUACAAUAAUGGCAUUAUAUUAAAUAUGAAUAUGGGUCAAAAGUCCCCGGGAAAAACAGCUAUAUUUAAAUUUAAUUCUCUACUGAUUUAGGAUUACAAGAAAGAAUUUUGAAUAAUAUUGCUGCAAUCAAUUCUCCAUUUUAUAUCAAUAUAGGCUCAGAUGAAUUUUAUAGUGAUAUACUUUAUGCCUCCAUUUUCGAUUUUAAAUUUGAAUAUAAUUAUAAUGAGGAUAAAUAAAUCCUGUUUUAAGGUAUGGUUUUAUAGUUAUCAAUAGCUUGUCAUUAUUCAUGUUAGACAUGUUAAGGACCGCUUGAAAGCAAUUGCAUUACAUGUGAUUCUUAAGCAAAUAGAUAUUUUUUAUAAGAAAUAAGCACAUGCGAGUGUUAAUAGGGAUAUAUAAAUGUUGCAAAUUAGAGCAGCUGUGUAGAUUUCUCUUAGAUAUUUACAUUAGUAAAGGUUUAAGAGGUAUUUUAAGUUAAUGCAGCCUAAUGUUAAUUUGGUUAUUUCAUUUUACCAGUUAAUGGAGAUUCUGCAUAAUGUGUUAAAUGGUAUUAAUUCAUCUUAUGAAGUCCUUAAUCCAAUUCCUAUAACCUGCUUUGUGUUGACUGCCUCUAUUCUCCAUUUACUUGGUACUUAAAACCGAUUUGUAAAUAUGAUUUGAUCUCAGUUAAUGAUUCUCCUGACGAUGCAUUUUCAUAUGUUGAAAGAAAUGAACUCUAUUAAGAUUUAUAUCUAAUUAAUGAUUAAGGGGAAAUGUUUCAACAGGAAGGUGUCUUAGAUUUUUGUGAAAUGGAAUCUGAUUCACCUAGUUGCUUUUAGGCUGCUCAUAAACACUUGAAUAAAACAAUUUUUCUUAAAUGCAAGCAAAAUUAUUUCACACUAAAUGGAAAUUGCGCGUAUGUGAAUCCUUAUUGUCUAUAAGCUUCUGCAGAAGGAAAAUGUUUACAAUACCAAGCUGGAAUGUAUUUGAAGGGUGAUUAGUUAUUUUAAUGUCCUAGCAAUUGUGAAUUAUGUGAAUAUAACGAGGAGACUUAAAGUCUAUAUUGUUUGUAAUGUAAAGAGCAAUUUUCCUUAGAAAAUGGUUUAUGUAUUUCUUGCGGGAAUUAUUGCAAAGCCUGUUAAAAAUAUUAUGAUCCAAACACUUAAAAUAGUUAUUAACGAUGUUUAAGGUGUCUAGAUGAUUCUUAAUACUUCAUUAGUUUUGAUGCAAUCAAUUGCUAAAAAAACAUGAUCUAAAAUUGUUUAUAUGCUUUUCAAGCUUUGUCAAACAAUUUUCAAAUUAAUACACUUGAUAUAUACUUUUCUCCUAGAAAUGAUUGGGAUAAUAUUAAAACGCAUUGUGCAAGAUGUAUUCUUUAUUAUGGUGUUAUUAUUGAUUAAAAUUUAUGUUUAAAGAUGCAUGAAGUCACAUGUCUAUCUUCAAUUGCUCAAAAAGUUUCUAAUGUGCCUUUGGACGAUAACAUCUAUUAUACAAUAUUAGAAUAAGAUUAUUAUAUAACUCCUGAGGGGGAAGAAUUGACAUUUGCCUUUUUAGAGGAUUACAAAAUUAUAUUAACAACAUAUUAAUACUGCAUAAUAUCAGAUUAUUACUUUCAAUAAAAGGAUAUAGAAGUUGCCUAAUUUUAAAAGUAUUGUUCAGGAUAUGUCAAAAAUUGUGAAGUUUGUUUAAGAGAGACUCCAUAUGCCUAUGGGAUGACUCAAGCUUGUCUUGAAUGCGAAAAGGGAUAUUAUGCAGAUAGAGUUUCCGGAAAAUGUUAUGAAUGUCCUCCAGAGUUAAACUGUUAUAAAUGUAAGUCUCAAUCAAAAAUAAGUAAGGAUGGGUGGAAAAGCUAAAUUAGAGCCUAUUAUAAGGUAGUUAUUGAAAAGCAAACUGACCAUACAUUUAAACAAUAUGCACAAAGUGAAAACUUUGAUGAUUAUGAAAUUAUUUGCUCAGAGUGUUAUUAAGGGGAUGAAUUAAGAAAUGAUAGAUGCGUUCCUUCUUGUCCUAAAUAAUGUUUGGAAUGUUAGUACAUUAAUGGUUAAAAUUUAUGUGUCAAAUGUCCAAAAAAUUAAAAAGGUAGAAUGUAGAGUUUGUCAUAAAAUUAAUGUAUUGAGUGUCCUCAGAAUUGUGCAUUGUGUCGAUUAAGAUCAAAAGAUGAAAUUCUAGGUAUCAAUCCAUUAUUUGAUAAUGAUGAUUAUAUAACUUACACGCAUUAAUGCUUAAAGAGCUUUAAAGACGCUGAAUACUACUAUAAUUUAGAGCUAGGUACAUUUGUAGAAUGUUCUCAACAUCAAUAAUGCAACUAUGAAUUCAUACUUACUUUCAACCUUUAUUGUUCGGAGUUAGAAUAUGAAUCUGAAUUGAGUUAAAUUUCAUCAUAAUAUGAACAAAGUAUAUUUAGAUAAUAAAACUUAUUAUUUUAAGAUUUGGUUUCAGGAAUCAGUUUUAAGGAGGUAUAUAAAAUUUUUGUGAUAAUUAGUUUGAAAAAGAUUUGUUCUAUCACUAAGCCAACGAAUAGUCAAUUAGAACCAUUAUUCUCAAUAUAUCAAGUGUAAAAGAGUAAGUUUGUAAAAUAAAAUCUAAUGGCAUCAUAAAAUAGAUCUUUAGCAACAAUAUCUUUUCUACAACGUAAUUACUCUCUUUAUUAUUAUUUUAGAAACGUGGAGCUAACACUUAAUUUCAAUAAUAAUACGAUUAUUGAAUUUGAAAAACCACUAAAAUUCUUAAAUUUUAAUAAAAUAACUAUAUUAGGAGCCAUCUUUAAUCCAAUAAGCAACGAAAAAUUAAAAUAAAUUACAUUUGUUAGUUUAUAUCCUUAAACCAUUACUCUUUAAAAUAUCAUUUAUUAGUAGAUUUCUAUAGAAAAUGAUUAAUCAAAUAUGCUUUUUGUUAAUGUUAAAAGUGUAUAAUUUAACAAUUUCAAAAUAUUGGGAUUAGUUUAAAAUUAAAUAGAAAAUUUUAUUGAGAUUACAGAAACUACGAAUUCAAAAACUAUCACAUUCAUAAACUUUUAAAUUCUAAAUUCAUUUUUAUAAAACCAAUUCACAAUAUAUUGUCAUCUUAACUCAGAUGAUAACAUUUAUAUUGAUAAUUUAGUUGUAAACUCUAAGUUUAAGAAUGCUACUUUGAUACAAACAGGAGAUUAAGAAUAAUAUGGUGUUCUUUAAAUGUAUAAUGUUGUUUUUUAAAUUGAUGUACUUUAUUGCCUAUCUUUUUUAAACAUUUAUUCUUUAAGAUAUGUUAACAUUAAUACUAUGACAAUCGAAUAUUCUGAAAUUUAAAAUUCAACACUAAUUCUUUUAAAUAAUGAUAAUAAUAUAGAUAAUUUUAAGAUAUAAUUCAGUAAAUUUAGAUAGAUUAGCUAUGGAAUAAUGAAUUCUGAACUGUUAUUGGAUAAUUUAUAAAUAAGUUUAUCAAAUAUUUUGCUUGAAUCUAAUGAAUAUGAUUACUCUACAAAAUUUUUAUUCUUCUAAAAAUACAACAAUAUUCAAAGUCAAAUAAAUAUCAACGAAUUGCAUAUCCUUAAUAAUUAUAUUUCGUAGAAUAUUCAGGAUUUGAAUUUGAAGACUCAAUAUUCUGCCCUUCUUUAUCUAGAGCUAGACAUUAUCUCCAUAGUAAAUUUAGAAAUAGUCAGAGGUUAUGGUCUAAUGGAUCUAAGUAUAAGUGAUGUACAAAAACUUAAAAUUUAAUCUAUCAGAAUAUCCUAAGGACAAUAGUUUAAAUUCUUAGGUCUUCAUUAAUUUAUAGAUUGCUAGUUGUAAUAAGUCAAAGGGGAAUCUUAUUUACAAUCUCUCUUUAUAUCUUCAGCAAUUAAUUUAUAGAUUGAGGAUUUGAUAAUAAGAUCUGCUUAAACAUAUAACUCUCCCAUUUUAUAUUACAAAUCUUCGGAAAAGAUCAAAUAAUCAUAAUUCGAAACUAUUCAACUAAGUAAUAUUAUUAUUGAAUCAAAUUUGAUGCUUUUAACAAAUUAGAAAUUUCAAACAGCAAUUCUCUUUUUUGAAUCUGUUUAAGAAACAACUCUUUAAAUUUAAAACAUUACUUUUUAUGGAAAUGUAUUGCAUGAAUAUAUACAAAAUAACCUUCAAAUUUCUGCUUUGCUUUUGAAUUUGAAUUGUAUAUUAGGCUAAGUAAUAAUUCGUGAUUCAAGCUUCAUUAAGAAUAUAGUGAUUAAUAGUACAGAUAGCAUUAUAUACAUCAAAAGUGAGAAAUUAGUUUUCCACAAUUGCACAUUCUCUGAAAAUAAUGUCUUUAAUUAUGCACUUUUAUAACCUUAUCUAUUAUGGGGAUUCUUAGAGUCUCAACAAGUAAAUUCUAAGUAGAUAAGUUCAAUCUUUAAAAUAAAAUCGUAGUCUGGAAAUGGGAGGUUAUUAGUGGAACACCUUGAUAUUCAUAUGUGUGACUUUGAAUAAUCUGUAGGAUAUUCAGGCGGAGCUUUUUUUAUUGAAGCUCAAAAGACAAGCAAUAUCAGCAUUAUAAAUAGCUCUUUUAGUAAUCUUUCAACUGGAUUUUAGAAAGAACUGGGAUUUGGGGGAUCUAUAUAUUUAGAUGGUACUUCUUCUUAGUAAUUGAUCAUAACUUUUGAAGAUCUUACUAUUAAAAAUAUCUAUGCUUAAGAAUAAGGUGGGUUCUUAUAUAUUACAGCAGGAACUUCAUAGGUUCAAAUGUUUUUAAAUAGAUUAAAUAUCCAAAAUGCUUAUGCAAAAUAGGGAUCUGUAAUAUAUGCAACUUUUUCUUCACUUUAAUAAUCAUCACAGUUGAUUGAAUUUAAUAAUAUCUUUAUCGAAAACACUUAAGAUGGUUUUAUAAACUAUUUGAAUUAAUAUACCUAACUAUCCAAAUCUGAGGAAAUCUUGUUAAUUAAUAAUAGAGUAUAAUGUUUUAUUAAUUCGGCAUCUAAAGUGAGUUUUUUCAAUGUGAUUAUUGAAAACAUUGUUCUUGAAUCUGCUAUUUUGAUCUCUAGCAUCACCGAACUCUCAAUUAAGAUGUUAUUUAUAUCCAAUAGUUUGAUAAACUCAAACCUAAUAAGAAUAUCUACAAAUAUAUGUAAUUAGUAUUUAAAUAUUAUUAUAGAUUAAGAUUAAAUUAUAUCACUAAAAAACAUCUAAAUAUAAAACAUAACUACAGUUUUUAAGUAGAAUAGUUAUAACUGUGAAUCAAAUUAAAUAGAAUAAAAUCCUAUUCAGUUUGCUUGCAUAAAAUAAUCAGCUCCUAUUGAUUUGUUCCAAAAAUACAAAGGUAAGACAAUGUCUUAUGGCGACUGCAUAUUUUCAUUCAUAAAUAAGAAUAUGGAUUAAAUAGUUUUAGAUGAUCUCAAUUCUGGGCUAAUUUUAUUCUUAGAUCUUACUGAACAAACAACAAUCAAGCUAAAUUAAAUAAAAUUAGGAAGAAUCAAUUGUUAAUUUUGUUUAAACGGGUUAAUUUAUUUUAAUUUUUAAAAGAUUUCCAACUUAUUUGAUUAAUAAUAUAUUUCAGAUAUUAUGAUAUCUGAUUCUAAUUGUGGAAGGUAAGGCUGUUUAAAUAUUGAAAAAAGUAAUAUUUAAAACAGAAGAUUGUUAGAGUCAAAUGAGAAAUUCAUUAAAUAAUUGGAAUAAGAGUUCUCAAUAAAUAAAUACCUUUGUUAAUACAACUUUGGAACAAAUGGAACGUGUAUUUAUAUUUCGAAUGUUAAAGUAAAGAUGUAGAAUUGUCUAUUUUAAUUUAAUAAUGCAUAACAAUCAGGAGGAGCUGUAUAUGUUAGAGAAAGUGAGGAAGUAUUGAUAACCAAUAGUUGGAUACUGAAGAAUUAAGCAAAGAUAGGAGGUGGGUUGUAUUUGGAAGAUUCAAAUGAUAUAGAUUAUCUUGCACUCCAAACCCAAAUCAGCAAUAAUUCAGCCGAACUUUUCGGUAAUAAUAUUGUUGCAACUCCUUAGAAACUUACAAUAGUCUAAUUUGAUGAAAAGACCUUUUUAGAAACUGUAAAAAUUAUGGAUACAGAUAAUAUUCUAAUUGAAUAAGUGUAACAAUAAUUAUAGUAGAUUAAAUUCGAUAAUGAAAUUCGACUUCCAAGUGGACAAAAGAUUUCUAGUUAUGUUAAAUUCGAUAAACAUUCUAGAUCAUAUUCACCAUUAUAUCUAAUAUUUAGAGUAAUUGCUUAAGGAAGAGAUUAAUAAAUUAUUAAAAAUCUCAGAAACACAUAUUGUACAUUAGAAAGUAGAAUAUUGAAUAAAUCCAAUAAUGAUGAUAGUGGUUUCUUCUCAAAUAAUCUAACAAACAUUUAAAAAGUUUUGUUUAAUGAAACUACUCAAGACUAUAACUUAGAUGAAUUAAUUGUUUAUUUUGACAACAAAUAGCCUUCAAAUAUUGUAUUAUAGCUAUAAUUCUGGUGUGAUUCAAUAAUUGUGCCCAUAUAUAAUAAAGAGUACCCAUAUAAUAUAUUAAAUAAACAUUCAAACUAUCAUUUGAGAGUGAAUAUCAAAACUUUUGACUGUUAAUAUGGAGAAACAAAAAAUUAUACAGACUUUUCAUGUAUCCCAUGCAAUAGUGAGCAAGGAUUAUUUUCUUUAACAAUCGAUGCUUAGAAAUGUGAACUCAAAGAUGAUAUUUCAACAAUAAGUGUUUAGUCUGCUUUAUUGAAUUUAAAAGCUGGGUAUUGGAGACCAUAUUUUGAAACCAAUAGAAUUAGUAAUUGCAUAAACAAACCUGAAAAUUGCUUAGGAGGAUGGAUUGAAGGGGAUAUAUCAUGUCUCAAAGGCCAUAUAGGAGCUUUGUGUGAAGAAUGCGAUUUAUAUGGAAUUAGAGAGGAAACUCAUUUUUCAACCAGUUAAAAAUACUCUUGUGCUUCAUGUUAAGAAACUUCAAGGAAUUUCAUUUUGAUCACUUUCGUGACUAUAUGGUAAUUAUUAAAUGAUUAAUUUAAGGACUUUGAUAUCAAUUUUCAUAUCAGUUUAAAGUAAUCUAAAAUCUAUCAAAUAAUCAAUCAGAGUUACCAGCAUCCUUCUUAUUAAAUUAGCAGCAAUUUAGACUAGGAACUAAUCAGCAAUUUUAAUCAAAAUAUUAACUAACUAUCUCCAAAUUUUGGCUGUUAUUGCUACGUUUAAAUUGAAAUUGCCAAUCUAAUUUUAAAGUACUAUUGAUACUGCAGGAUCGCCUGUUUAAACUAUGACGUAUUCAAUGGAUUGCUUUUUAGCUACUCUUUUCUCAUUCGAAAUUCAAUAUGGCCGAAUGAUUUGGUAAAUCAUUUUACCUUUUGUUUAUAUCAGUUUCUUCUUCACAUGCUACUUGAUUGCAAUUAAAUUUAAACUUGCUAGUUAUAAUAAGAGUGUUAUUACAACCACUAUUAUAUACAUGUACAUCUAUUUACAAACGAGUUUAGUUGGAGGAUUUGCAUAACUUAUAUCAUCUAGAAACAUCUCAGGUUACUAGUGGAUCUAAGCGAAUACUUCCUAAAGAUUUGACACUUCCUAUCACUAUAGGUGGAUUCUUUAAUUUUGUAUUCCUAUGCUUACUCUUUUAUCUAUUAUAAUCCCAUCUUAUUUCCUAUUUAAUUUGCGCAGAAAUUCUUAAAAUUUGGAUAAGAAUCAUGUAAAAUUGUAAUGGGGUUAUUUGUAUAACGAAUACAAGUUCAAAGCUUACUUUUGGGAAUUAAUCAAAAUUUCAUAAAAAUAACUAAUGAUGAUUUGCCUAAUUUAUUAUGAUGAUAAUGUAAUCUUAAAAGCCACUAUGGUUGCAAUCAUUAUUGUAGUUUAUUUAGAAUUAAGUAAAAAAUACAAGCCUUAUAAUCGUGAUUAACUUAAUAAAUUAGAUUGUCAAACUAUGAAUACUUGUCUGGCCACAAUAAUCUUAGCAGCUGGCAUUUAUAUUUCAGAAUCCACUAAUGUGUCUGAAGUUAAAAUUCCGUAUUUUUUGUUAAUUGCUAUAUUGAAUUUCUUAAUAUCUUAUACUUUGCUAUAAAAAAUUGUAGUGGAAUAUUUCAAAAAGGCAGGUUUUACUAUGGAAAGAGUAGAAAAAUUCAAAUAAUCUAUCAGAAAACUCUUUCCUUUUCUUAAUAGAGUUCCAUUUAUAUCAAGAUUAUUAAUGGACCAUAGAGAAAAAAGAAAAAGAGUUGCAGAAUUAUACAUGAAAUUAAAACAAUUUUUAAUACCAUAAGCUAAAGAGAUUAUUGCAUUCAAGAUUUCUUAGUAGAAACUAGACAGUCAUAGAAGUUCAGAUCAAUAAAUUCACACAAAUCAAUUAAGCUUAAGAAGCCUACAUCCUGCCAAAGAUUAAGAGUAUUUAAUUAGAGAAUCUAUAAAAUAAUCUUCACUAAAUUCUCCGAAAUAUGUCUUGGAAUCAAAUGUUUUUGAUUAAAUGUAAAUAUUAACCUAUGAUAGAAUUUUAAAACAAAAUGAAUAAUUGAAGUCUAAAUUUAAUACGAAAACAUAAUUAAGUGGCAACGAGAAAUUUAAUAGAGAUAAUAAGGAGGAAUGAAGAAUUUACCAUGC